AUGAGUGGAGAGAGGAGGAUAAUUGCCUCUUGGGUUGAAUACUUGAUCCUCAUUCUACUUGUUUUUGUGGGUCAUUUUCCACACCAUGUUUGGUCUCAAGAUGCUCCUGGUGCACGCAAUCCAAAACCUCGAUUAUCACCAUUGCUUUCAAACAUUUUUCUUGGAAGAUUUAACAGGACAGUUGAAAAAUACGAGCCAGCAAUCGAAAGAGAGAUAGGAUUUUGCACUGAAAAUGUGAAAAAGGAUUUUAAUGGAGCUUUUGACUUCAGUGGCAGGGAAGAGUUCUUCCAGAACUGCCAAGACAAGUUACAUGACCUCCCAAUUCGAUUGUGUACCGUGUCAGAACUUAGAGUAUAUUUUACCAGUUUCCUGAAAAAAGCUGGCGACACCAAGAAAAGCAUCUCUCAAUCUCAUUUCUUAGAACCCACCAAAAACUGUAACCUGUCCUCUUGGACUGCUGGAUGUGAGGCAGGAUGGGCAAGUGCUGCAAAUCCAGGCCAACAAUAUGAUUUCAAUGAGACGGAUCCACAAAAAAUGCCUUUCCGGACAACUAAUAGCAAACCAUGUUGCGAGGGAUUUUUCUGCCCUCAAGGUCUCACUUGCAUGAUACCAUGCCCCUUGGGUGCACACUGUCCUGUUGCAAAGCUCAAUCCAACAACCGGUAUUUGUUUGCCAUACCACUACCAACAACCUGCAGACAAACUGAAUCAUUCUUGUGGUGCAGCUGAUAUGUGGGUUCCUGUACAGUUGGGUAAAGAGAUAUUCUGUGAGGCCGGAUAUUAUUGUCCAACAACAAUCGAGAAAAUUCAAUGCCCUGGAAGAUGCUAUUGCAGGAUGGGCUCUAGGGUUAAAUACCGGUGCUUCAUUGGCACUAAGUGCGAAAAGGGAACAGAAAUUCCAAGCAUGAAGGUUUAUGGAAUCUUGCUCAUUGCUUUGUUGACCGCUAUACUGAUAGUCGUCUAUAAUUGCUCAGACCAAGUAAUCUCAACUCGGUACGAAAAACAGGCAAAAUCCAGGGAAGCGGCAGCUAAGUAUGCACGAGAGUCAGUACAAGCAAGUCAAAAGUCGAAAGCUGCAAAAGAUUUAGCUGGCUGGAAACCGUCAGGAUUGCAGGGGUUGCAAGAUACGCUUUCGCGAAAAUUUUCCAGAACGAAAACCAAGAGUUCUCUCCCACCUGCAGGCCCCUCAGCUUCACAAGGGAACAGAAAGACAGAAAUUGCCUCAAAAAGGUUGCAUGAUGAUAAUCCUGAGAGCGGUAAUGGUUCCAAUUUGGAAAACAAAGAUAACAAUACAAAGCACCAGCGUAAAACUUCAAAAGAACUGCAUACCAGGAGCCAAAUAUUUAAGUAUGCAUAUGGUCAAAUUGAGAGAGAGAAAGCAAUGGAGGAGAUGAACAUGAGCUCUCCAGGAGGAUUCCCAAUGAUGUAUGGUGACGGAGAUGUUUUGAGGAGAAGGCCACGGAUUGAGAUUGCUUUUAAGGAGCUAACGCUAACUCUCAAAGGGAAAAACAAAACUAUAAUGAGAUCGGUUAGUGGGAAAAUUUUUCCAGGUAGAAUAUCUGCUGUAAUGGGUCCUUCAGGAGCAGGAAAGACUACUUUUCUCUCUGCUCUGACUGGAAAGUUAUCAGGAUGCACUAUGUCGGGGAUGAUUCUAAUCAACGGAAAGAAUGAAUCCAUUCACUCGUACAAAAAAAUUGUUGGUUUUGUACCACAAGAUGAUAUAGUGCAUGGAGAUUUGACUGUAGAAGAGAACCUACGAUUCAGUGCACGAUGCAGACUAUCUGCCGAUAUGCCAAAGGCAGAUAAAGUUCUUAUAACUGAAAGAGUUAUUGAGGCAUUGGGGCUGCAGGGAGUGAGAGACUCCAAGGUUGGGACGGUUGAAAAGCGUGGAAUUUCUGGAGGACAGAAGAAAAGGGUGAAUGUUGGGCUGGAAAUGGUGAUGGAACCUUCGCUCUUAAUCUUGGACGAGCCCACAUCUGGUUUGGACAGUGCAUCUUCCAGUUUGCUUCUUAGAGCUCUUCGACGUGAAGCUCUUGCAGGAGUUAACAUCAGCAUGGUUGUUCACCAACCAAGCUACUUCUUGUAUAAGAUGUUUGACGACUUGAUACUUCUCGCAAAAGGUGGUCUUACUGUGUAUCAUGGACCUAUAGAGAAGGUGGAGGAAUACUUUGAAGGUCUAGGAAUCACUAUACCUGACCGUGUAAAUACUCCAGACCACUUAAUUGAUAUACUUGAGGGUAUAAUAAAACCAGGAGGGGAUGUGACAGCUCAGCAGCUUCCAGUACGAUGGAUGCUUCAUAACGGGUACAGAGUACCCCCAGAUAUGUUGCAUCUUUGUGAGCAAAGUGUAUCAUCAUCUGCACUUCCUGGUCUAGCCAACGUGAAAGCUGAGGGCCAGCGAGAAACUGAACGAUACAAUUACUUCACAACCCCAGAUUUAUCUGGCCGAGUAACUCCUGGAGUUUUCAAGCAGUACAAAUAUUACCUUGGAAGGGUUGCUAAGCAGCGAAUGCGAGAUGCUAGAGCACAAGCUGCAGACUACCUAAUUCUUUUGCUUGCUGGAGCAUGCUUAGGAACUAUGGCUGAAGUGAGUGAUGUGUCAUUUGGAUAUACUGGUUAUCAAUAUACCGUCAUAGCUGUCUCUCUGUUGUGCAUGAUUGGAGCUUUGAGAACAUUUUCUCAGGAUAAAUUACAAUACAAGAGGGAGAGUGCCAGUGGCAUGAACAGUUUAUCUUAUUUUCUGGCGAAAGAUACGAUGGACCUCUUAAACGUGGUGUUGAAGCCCUUGGUUUAUCUUUGCAUCUUCUAUUUUUUCAGCUAUCCAAGAUCAAGCUUCGAAUCCAAUUACGUAAUACUCUUGUGCCUGGUUUACUGCGUGACUGGUAUAUCCUAUACGCUUGCCAUCUCCCUGGAGUUUAGCCAAGCCCAAUUGUGGUCUGUGCUUCUUCCUGUUGUAUUGACCUUGAUCGCAAAUCAGGAGAAAAAGUCUGUUGCUUUUGUGGUAGCACGAUUUGUGUUCCCGAGGUGGGCUUUGGAAGCUUUCGUUAUUGCAAAUGCCAAAGAGUACAAAGGUGUCUGGUUGUUGACACGAUGUGCUGCAUUGCAGCAAUUCAAUUACGACAUUCAUAACUCAAAGAAAUGUCUGGGGUUUCUUGCGGCAACAGGCUUCGGUUGUCGUCUUAUUGCUUUCAUGUGUUUGUUCAUUAGGACCAAGUAGUUUAACUACAACUCUUUUACUUUCAGAUCCAUGAGAUGAAACCAUCAAAUUUGA